AUGUUUGCUGAGCAGCAGUUGCAGUUCAGUCAGGCGAUACAUGCGGAGCAGUUACUUGGGAAUCAGAUGCGGUCAAGAAAAAGACCCCUCGAUGACAUGAACCCAGGUGGAGAUCCUGCGAAACGUUUGGAUGACAGGAACAAAGAAAACUGUUCUCCAGAAAUGGCAAUGAUUCCCCCAAUGUACCAAAGUACCCCGCUAACGGCGGGUCAACGCGAUUUCUUCAAUCCCAACAUGGCCCCACAGAUGUCGUUCUAUCCGAACUUCUUCCCUCAUCAGCCUGCCAUGUCGUAUAUGGAACCGAAUUCAAUGUCUUCUGAUAGUGGAAUACUUUCGGAUGAAUCGAGCACUCAUGGGUCUAUUUUCAAAAACAACGAGCAGACAUUACCUACUAGGCCAGAAGCUAAGCCUACAACGUCUAAUGUAAAUCCUCUGGAAGUGUUCGACGAAGCACCGGGAAGGUUGUGCCUGCUAAACGCCUCUACAAAAUACAAGGUGACGCUGAGCGAAAUCCAUCGCCGCAUGAGCCAUCCAGAAACGUUGCACGCUAGUCUUAUCAAUGGUGUUCUCAGAAAGGCGAAGACAAAGGACGGCUGUAAGAUGUUGCGUGACAGACUUGCAGAGAAGGGGGUGUCACUUCCGUCGGGGCGAAGAAAGACUGCACCAACGACGUCAUUCACAGCGCUCUGCGAGAAAGAGGCGCUUGUAAUGGCUCGGGACUUCAAUACCCUCUGUACCAACAGCUUAAAUACUUUUGAAAUUGCCCGGCAUUCCAAUCGACUUCAGUACACUCCACAGGAGCUGGCUAUCGUCAGACGUUUCUUGGCUGGUAUCAUGGCUAUCUUCGACGAGGUACCGGAAGACCCGGAGGACUACGUGGAGAAGAAUUCAGCUACCCAUUCUAUUAAUAUAUUUAGUAUGCUAACUCAUGGUUUCGGCCACAACGCCCUGAAGUCUGCUUGGAGAGUGCUGGGGAAAAUUGUUGACCAACAACACGCCAUGCUCCAAGGAAUACAGCCUCAACCGCAAAACUUCAUGCCGUACCAUAUGCAACAGUUCCUAUAG